UCGGUUGCUACUAACGUAUGUGUUGUGUGCGUGCGUGUGUUUUCUUCGCACGGACCUGGAAAAACCGUCGAUAGUUUUUCCGCAUUUUCCCCUAAACUUAACUCGGGAGUAACGGGGGGCGCGGGUGUCACUUUUCCUGUGGAUUUUUCAGUGCUACGCCCCGCAGGUUAUGGACGCGGAUUCGACUGGAAACUAGCUGUUUUGAUAACACCAAUGGAAGAAAAUGACGAUCCACAAGCGGACGUACCGAGCGCCCAUAACACUCAGGUAGGAACGAGAAUGAGUAACGAGUCCGUUUAAAGCUCGGACAAUGAUAAUAACAGAACGUUGAUAAAUCCCUGCGAUCAUGAGAGCGCAUAAGGAAACCGCUCCCGAAGAAGAAAGUGCUGCUGCCGAUCAGGAAAUAUUCCAGAGAGCGCAGGAAACACAAGCGGAUCGAAGAUUUCCGGUGAACUCGUCAGGGAUUGUGGCGGUACCCCGCGGGAGCAAGGGCCCCAGGAGUCUCUACCUCAAACGCUAUGGAGACAGUUUCGGAUUUACGCUCAGGCACUUUAUCGUUUAUCCGCCAGAGGGCGUCACUGAGAACGACGGGCGUCACGCGGCCUGCGGCGCCCUCCUAGCCCCGCUGGACACCAUCUUCGUAAAGCACGUGCGCGAUCGCAGCGCCGCCAAACAGGCGGGUUUGCAACGUGGUGACCGUCUGGUGGCCGUCAACGGUCAACCCACCACCGACCUCACGUACCAGCAGGUGGUCAACCUCAUCUCCAAGAGUCCCGACUACCUUCAUUUACUCGUGGUGCCCAAGGAAGAAGACGUCUUACAAAGGUUUUUCCCGGAUACCGCCUACAACCCGGUUUCCAACCAGGAUAACGGUCCCGUUUACCCGGAGGUACCACUGGAUCGGGCGACUGCACAGCAGAUCCUCACGCAGCGUAUCGCACAGCGUGCCGCCCCUCAGGAGUUCCGGGUGGACGCCGCCUCUUGGCGGUACUUGAACCAACCCUACUUUCCAGAGUACGACUACCAGCAUCAUCAUCCAGGAUUAGUCAGGGGUUCCAGGCAGGAGUAUUCUAAUCGUAGCACGGACAGCGUAUUGGAUCCCAGAAGACCGCAACAACAUCAAGAGAUUUAUGCAGAGAUCCACCAUCCAAAUGAGGUGCAGCUACGUCAAAAGUCCCGGGCCCAACCCCAAGUGCCACUUUACCGUAAAAUGGGGCGGCGAGCGAGCGAGGGCAGCCACCUGGUGCCGCCCGGUGGCGGCGGCGACUACAGUGGCGCCACUUCGUUGACUUCCUCGGACGGCGAGAAUUAUUACUACCACGAGAGGAUGAGGGCGAUGCAAAACAAACCCUACUAUUUGCCUUCGAGUGGAGACGGUUUGGCAACGAUGGACGCGGGGUGCAGGUUACAGAGCAGCGAGGCGACAAGGAGGGAGAGCACUAGCUCCAUUUCGUCUUCCAUAGCUGACAGUAGCAAAGGCAGUACCACCACCUCGUACGAUUCAAACUCGACCCUGACCGGCCACGAGAUGGACGAGGAGGCGAGCCGCCUGGCGGCCGAACUGCGCGUGCGCCAAAGCGUACGUCAAAAAGAGGAGUUCCUGCGCACGCCCGUGGUACGCGAGUUCCACGGCAAGCCCAAGAGACUGGAACGACCCGUGUGGCCCCCGAACGGCACCCUGGGAAUCCCGUACGAGGGCGAUUACGGGGGCGUGCCCGACACGGCCGCGCCCACCGCGCACGCGUACUCCCCACGUGACCGACGACCUCUGGGUCUGGAGGGCGUGCGUGAGGCGGAAACCGCGCCCUCGUUUGCCGGCGAGGGCGUGGCCGUGGUGCAGAGCGCCGCGGCCGACGACAGACGGAGCGUUAUCAAUUACAUUUUGGCCUAUUUGUUUCCCAUGAUGAACCACUACCACCACGCCUUCCAAAACGUGCAGAAGAAAGCGAAGGAGUUCGAGACGUGCGCCGAGGACAGUCCCCGCACCGACUUGUCACGAAGCGAACUCGCCCGACUCAGCACCAAAGUGCUGCAGCCGAACGUGACCGAGCGGGCGCACGAGUACGAGGCGAAAACGAACGAGGGCGCACGAACGAAACCGACCGGUGCCACGCCCUCGCUGCCCGUGACGUCGUCCAAUACGUGUUCGGUGCUUAAAAGGAUACAAAAGGACAGCCGAUCCCUGGAUAGUUCUGGUAGCAACGGUAGCGUCUACCACGAUCCCCUGUCCAGUUUGUCAAAGCAACAACGGCUCUCCGGGAAUGUUAUCAUUUCCAGCGGGAGCAAGUACAUUCACUGUCCGCCGCCAGAGGGCGCAGCCAAGAGUCAAGAUAUAUCCUCAAACAACGAGACGACGUCGCGCCCAUUUAGGGCGCGGUCCAACUCGGCCGAGUCCUGGACAACCGCCAACGGAGACAAAGAGUCGGCCACGCCCCCGAUGGUCACGCCCCCGGUCGCUCCCUCGCCUCACUCCGCCUCGCCGCUCCUCGUGCCGCUCCCGGUCCUCCAGAUGCACUUUCCCCAUCAUCAAACCGUUGGGGGGGCCACGCCCCCGCCACGCCCUCACACCCUGGAUUUGGCGGAGGAGCGGCCCCAGAGGCCCGCCCGGGGGCACUUUAAGUCGCACGCCGAUACUAACCCGGUUGUCGUGAAGCGACGUAUUAAAAAUAACUUUGGUCAAGACGAACGAAACAGGCGGCCAGAGUCGUACCUGAAGGCGACCAAGGGCGACCAGACGUCCUUCGGGAGUGACCUUAGCGACAACGAAGAUUUGACCCCCCAAGGGAUGAGAAACCGGUAUAGGAAGUGGCAACCAUCCCCGUUCUAUGGGGACAUCGAGCAGCUACGCAAAUUAUUCGAAGACUCUUCUAAAGGCGGGAGCGGAAGUAGUAGUAGCUCUUUGGAUCGCGAGAAAUUCCCGCCGCCAGUGACUUCGGUGGUGCAAUACAAGAAGGACUCGAAAGUAAUCCGGGAGGGGUUGGUGCAUUGUAAGAUCCUACAGAUCGACGGGAAGAGGGCGGCCGACAGAUCCUGGAAACAAGUCACCAUGGUGCUCAAAGGACCCAAGUUGUUCCUUUAUAAAGAACGUCAUCAUCAUCAAAGUCCUCUGGGAACCUCGGACGUUUCCCUGGACCAAUCCCUGUCCGGAGGCGUAGACAUGCGCACGAGCGUAGUACGGGUCGCCGAGGACUACACCAAACGUAAAAACGUGCUACGACUAUCCAGCGUGAAUCCCUGCAGAUCGGAAUUCCUCAUCCAGACGGAGAACAGUGAGGAUUUAGCUGAUUGGGCCAAAACUUUACAGGAACAAGUCGCUGUCAGCACCAAGGCCGAACUAGAUCCGUCGUUCAGUAGACAACAAGCGGUACCGCAAACCCACCCGGCAUCGACCAGCAUUCAGGUGCAGGGCAGCCAUUUGUCGCCUCAACCGUCCGCGAAAAAUGGCAAAUCGACGAUGGCGGGUAGUACCAGAAAUCGAUCGCCUACCGGACAGUCGCCGGUAAGUAAAACGAGGAAACCGUCUGCCCAACAUGACCCUACAGUGCACACCAGUCCCAAAAGUAAAACGUGGCGGGGCAGGGUGGCCAAACAGUUCAAGAAGUUUAAUCAGGGUGGGCAUUCUCCUAGUAGCCCUACGGCACCUGAGGGGUCAACAUUCGGGGUGCCCAUCGAGCACUGCAUCCCCUCCCAAGAGAACUGCUACCUGCCGCGCAUCGUGAAAGUCUGCACGGACAUAAUCGACGAGAAAGGCCUCCAAAUGAAGGGAAUCUACCGGAUUCCGGGCAAUUGCGCCGCCAUUACGGCCCUAACGGAGGAAAUCAACCGGAACUACGAGGACGUGCCCUUGGAGGACCCCAAGUGGAACGACAUCCACGUGGUGAGCAGUCUGCUGAAAUCCUAUUUCCGGAAAAUGCCGGACAGUUUGAUCACCGCCGCCUCGUAUCCGCAAUUCGUUAAGGCGGAUAAGAUUGAGGAUCCUAAAGGGCGACUGGAGGAGCUUAAGAGGCUGGUGCGAGCACUGCCGAGGCACAAUUACUACACGUUGAAACACGUGGUGGGUCAUCUGAAGCGCGUGAACGAUAAUUCCCACGUGAACCAGAUGGACACGAAGAAUUUGUCGAUUGUUUUCGGCCCCACGAUCUUUCUUACCGAUAAUGACACCAUGGAGGUCAUGGUGGCCAAUAUGAACAACCACGCAAAUAUUGUUCAAAGUUUGAUUACGCAUGUCGAUUGGUUCUUCCCUGAAGACGAAUCGGAGUCCCCACCCCAACCCCCGUUGGUCCCUUUGGCGAUUCCAGACAACUAUGACGACUUUGAGGCGAGUAAUCAGGUACUACUGAACAACAUUGGCAAAUUUGAAGUUUCAGCAUUAAACAAGGAACAAAAAGAGAAAAACGGCGCCCUCUUGUCGUCUCUGUUUACCGCGGCCCAAAGAAAAGUGAUGCGCAAACCCUCGAGAAGCCACAAUAACCAAGAGGGCGGCGGAGGCAGGGAAGAACCGACCACGCCCACCAGUCCGAAAACUUUCGCCCAUUUCAACAUGGAGCAAAUCUCGGAACAACCGAAAAUCGACAAUCUCCCCUCAAUCACGGCUAAGGAUAUGGAGAAGAAGGACAGAAGUAAACCGCCGUGUAGUAAGCAACAAGGAUCGGACAAGGAUCCGUGGUUCAAUUACAAGACGGACCAGCAGGAGUUUUCCAGGAGGAUCGAGAAUUUCAAGCAGGAAACGGAGGCGAUGCUGCAGCGGCCCAGGACGGUACCGAUAUCAGUCGACCCAAGAACCCACCUGAGCUCCUCGGCGAACAACGUCAGCUCCAACCAGCAACGACUCUCGACCCUGAAACAGCAACAACAGCUACAGCAGCAUCCGGACUUUUUGCUUACGAAAACCCACUCGGCCACGAACGUGUUCACACGCCCCGCCUCGGCAACCAAUCGGAACUCGAUGGACUCGAUGGUGCAGUACAGCAAUAGCGGCGAGGCGACCACCCGGUACUCGUACAGUGUUGCCAAACAGUGCGGCGAUUCGAGCGAGUUGGACGGGAAAAUUAUGGCGUCGCGGUACGGCAUGAGACGUGGCAGUUCGGUGGAGAACGUCAACACCGCAACCGGUGACGUUAACGCCAACGGGGGAGGCAUGAAGAAGGUGAAAUAUGAGAACGAGAAUGACUGUCAGCGCAGAGGUUCCUUAGAGUCUUUACACAAACUGGCCACUGAAGACGAGUCCUUGCUGAGCACCAUGACCAAACUGAUCGACCAAAAACUGAAAGAAAAAUCCUCCCUCGGCAAAGAAGAGAUCCCGUUCGUGGACGAAUCUCCGGAAAAACCCUCUUUGGACAAGGAAACCCGCGUUAGGACAAGCGAUUUGUAUAAAAACCCCAGUUUACACAAGGGGGGCCAGUACGUAAAGCCCUUCAAGCCGAUUUCCAAAGAGAGCAACAAGGACCGCAGUACCGAAAAAGAGGAGGACACUAGCGCGAUCGCACCGGAUAACGAGAGGCACAUCUCGCUUACCGUUAAGAUAAACAAUAGUAACAAUAAGUUGAAACGUUCGGAGUCCCUUAAUAAGCCCGAGAGGACUAUCGCGACUAAUAAUAAAGUGAAAAGGAGCGAGAGCCUCAACAAACCGGGAGGUGACAAACUGAAACGGAGCGACAGUUUAACUAAAUCAGAGAAAACCGAGAGUAACAUCAACAAGAAACGGGAACUGCUGGGGUGCGGGAGACGCCUGAAGGAAACGACGAAGAACAAACGGAAAAACGGGAUGCCCGACCGGUCGAUCAAGAGGCGACACACGGUGGGGGGCACCAAGGACCCCGACAAGGUCACUUACAUCAUGGACAACGAGAACCAGAGCGAGAACGAUCCGAACAACGUGGACAACAACAAGGAGAAAGGUAUCAGGACCAGUUCGCCGGACCUCAGCUCGACCAGGAGGGGCGAACGUUAUUUGUUCGAGAUUAACCUGAUCGGACCUGAGAAUAUGGUGGUGGCCCUCAGGCAGCACUUUGUCGGCUCCUCGCGACCUCAGAGUUUUCCCGAAUCGAAUGUUUUUAAGGUGCCCUUGGAAUCUCACGUGUAGUAAGAGAGCGAGAAUUUGGGAGGUGAGGAGGAAAGAGUGAAAGUAUUUACUCACUUAUUUAUAGUGUCAGUCGUCGGUAAAGUGUGUUAAUACAGCUUAAAAUCAAGUCAGUUGAAGUGUAGCUUGAGGUACUUAAGACGUCACUAGUUUGACAAGUGGCAUUUAUGUAACUCGUCAUCGAUACGUCAGAGUACAGUGAAGUUUUAGUCAAGGAGUAAAUAAAUGAAAACUAUAGUCAUGGCACACUAGACUAUCAAUUUAAAUAUUCCAUUUAAUUAGUACUGAAGGGUUUUAAAUUUCAAUCUAGAGUGCCAUAAAUACUUUAAACAACAAAUUCUCUUAGUCAAGAGGUCUUGGAAAAUAAUAUUGACUGUCUUUUCAAGUUUACUUGAUAUAAUUAUUUUAAUAUUACUAAGUCCCCUUGACAAAAAGGAUUUAGUGUUUGAAAUAUUCAUGGCACUUCAGGUUGACAGUUUUAAAUAUUAAUAUAAGUCUCCAAAAAGGUUCCUCGUUUCAAAAUUGCUUCGACCUACAGGACGGUGAAGUAAAAAAUGAAAAUUGAUAUCCAGGUAUUUUUGGAAAUACAAACCUCGGAAUAUGCAGACUGUGGUAAUCAAAGGGCGCAUCACGCUGCACUUCUGAUGGUUUAAAAGGUCCAUAACUUUUUUCUCAGAGUAGUUCCUUCCAAUUUAAAAAAAAAAAAAAACUUGAAAGUUGUUGAGCACGAAAUUCAUUCAUUCAUUCAAUUAUUCAAAAUGUUCCCGAUUUUCACGAAUACUAAGAAAAUUAAAUUUAACUCUCUGCAUAACUGCAUUAAGUUGAAGAUUAUUUAUCGCGUCUUGAAUUCGUUGCCAUAACUCCUCGUCAUUAUUCACCGUGGUGGUGUAUAGCACGGAUUUAAUAUGUCCCCAGAAAAAAAAAAUCCAGAGGAGUCAAAUCUGGAAAACGUGAGGGCCAAUUUACGAGAAUCAUCAUUACCUCCACUAUCCAGUUAUUUGGGUACAGACCAUUCAAAUAAUUUCUGAUAUUUAAUGAAAAAUGUAAAGGAACACUAACAUGCAUAAACCACUUAUUUGUGUUAAAUACAUAAAUUCAUCAUUCAUAAUUUUUAAACAACAAAGUAAGCAACUACACUGAGAAAACAGUUAUGUACAUUUUAAACCAUUAGAAGUGCAGUGUGAUGCCUUUGAUGGUCACAGGGAAAGGGUGUGCAUAUUCGGGUUUUGCAUCUUAAAAAUAGAUCUAAAUAGGAACAAUUCCGGACUGAGGUAAGUUGCUUUAAAUCGGCCUAUUUUGAUGUCUAACUAUGUGGUGAGAUAUUGUAAAAACCUUUUGGGGACACUUGAAAUAUUUAUAGUCGGAACAUUUCCAAGACUCCUUGACUAAAAAUUCACUGUUUAAAGUGUCCCAUCCUUCUAGCACUCUAGAUUCGGUUUUCAAAUGAUCGAAGUAUAAGAACGUCAAUUGUCACGAAAGUAAAUCGUCAUUGUUACAUCACGCCUAAAUUAAACAUUUCUUUCAAAUUGUAAAUCAUCGUUCACAGAUUAACGUCGUAUCAACAAUUUACUCAAAUUUUAUGUAAGGGUCAUUUCACUGAAAUUUUUGUCAACCCUCCUCACUCUUCCACAGACACUGACUGAUUUGUAUUUGAAAGAGUGUAUUCCAAACCAAUAUGGAUGUGCAAUAAGAGAGUAUUGUUCUAUUUAUAUAUAUAUAUAUAUAUAUAUAUAUAUAUAUAAAAGAGAGAGAGAGAAAAUUGUAUUAAUCAAGGGUGUUGGGUGGCAAAAUACGGUAUUUCAAGAAUGUGAUAUUAGGUUUUAAGUUGGGUAACGAGAACAGUAUCAUUCAUCGUAAUAAAAGUGACAUUCGUAUUUUAACCGAUUUCGUGCGUAAAAGUGAUAAAAAAUAAAUCACGUAUAGUGUUUUGGUACCCAACAUACAUUAGUUAAUCGAUAUAUUGUAUAUAGUUUUUUUUCUUGCUAAAAAGCCGUGCAUAGUAUAGUGGAAUUUACCAGUUUUAUUUUACGCAUUUAUUGUUAUUAUUUCGCUUGUUUCAUUGUGAUUUAAAGAAAGAGCAAUUUUUGAACGUUUUGUGAUACAUGCAAUCAUAAAUAAAUAAUAUAUAAUAAUAUGUAUAAUAUGUAACGAGUGCUUUGGUAUGUAUCAUAGCAGCUAAUAAUAAUCACCAUUAUUAUAAUUAUUUAUCGAUUAAUUAAAACUUGCUUGUAUGGUCAAAGAAAACGCUGCUAGGCUGUUUGUAAUCUUGCCCGUUAUUGUUUUUAUAGUUUCUAAGUAUAAACAUUAUUACUAUUAUUAUUAUUAUUAUUGUAUGUGUUGUUGUAAUUUUGUGACAUUUGUAAAUAAAUAAAUAAACGGAGGAUUCUUUUGUAAAUAUAUUAAAUAAAUAGUUAUUUUGAGA